AUGGAUAAGAGAAUUGAAUACCUGAGAGGUGUCACAGAAAGAGUUUCCAAAUGGACUCAAUUACGAAACAUGAACGAGCCUCAAGAUUUGUAUCAAGUGUUUGAUAGGUUGGAGAAUUUUCGACAAGUAUUGACACAAGAAAUUAAUGUCAUGUCCGAGUUUAAAGAUCAUCCUCUCUUUUCGAACAAGAGAUUUGAGAACAGGAACGAUAGUGGGUUUGAACGUUGUUAUGAAUAUAUUAUCAAGAACGCUUUGGCUAACUAUACAUGUGACAGAUACGAAUAUUAUAAGAACCCCUUAGAACAAUAUGUGAACAAUAUCAACUACAAUCCAAGUUUGAUAUUAUCUCGUGCAUUCUUAUCAACAUCGGAGAACGAUAAACUAAAGGAGUUAAUCUUUACUGCUGUCAAUAAUUGUGACUCGGAUUGGAAACAUUUCUCGUCUAUGGUAAACGAUUGGUUUUGCAAAGACAAGGAUUUCAUUUUAUCUCUAAUUCCAAAGCAAGCUGAUGCUUUUAAUUGUGCUGAACAAUCGUUACGACGGGAUAAUGAGUUCAUUAAGAAAGCAUUGCAAGCAAACCGUAAAGUAUUUCAGAAAUUGAGUUACAAUGAUUGGAAUUUUGUAAAAGAGAUUCUAAUCGCGUUUCCUGAUAUAGUAAUUCCUGAGCAAUAUAGAAAGAUAGAAUGUGUAACCGAGUUGGCAAAAGAGAAUCUUGAAAUAUUGAAACAGGUACCUUGGGCAAUAGCUUUUAAUGUUUACCAUAACUUAAAUCCAAAAAAAACAAUCCCAACGUUUAAGCUUCAAGAAGGUUGUUAUAAUGACCAAACCGCACAAUACUCUUCCCAUUUGAGUCAUUUGAACAAACGAAUUGAUAUUCGGACAUGGUAUUUCUAUUCUCAAGCCUCGACUUCAAAGUAUGAAAUCACUAAUGGACAAGAAAUUGGUGAAAAAAUUUGGAAAUAUAUUUUUGGGGACAAAUGA